AUGCUGACAACCGACACUGUCAGUCUCAAAGCUUUUUUGGCGUUUCCGCAUGCUUUCCGAAGUAUGGUUAACCUCAUUGUCAUUCGAUACGAAGGAUUGCAGUUGCAGAAUCACCGCCUCGAUUCGCUUGGGCGUCUUCCAUCUCUAAAACAACUGAGAUUGAAAGACUGCGGCUUACAGAACCUGGGUUUCCUAACAGCGUUUGUUGGCGGUGCACCUCUGGAGGACAUUGAUGUGGCCUCUAACGCUAUUAGUGCACUCCCGCCUAGGACAGCUUUCAGGAGAAGAGACCACCCAAGUAUCAACACACUGUCACAAUGCCAGGAUGACUCAACAGUAGGCCAUCAGAAACAAACCGGAACAUUUCCUUUAUCGCUGCGCACUUUGGACCUCUCCGACAACGCGAUUGAGGACGUGAACUCACUAGAGGCACUAGCUGAGUUUCCCAACCUUGAAGUUUUGCGACUGUUUGGGAACAAUUUGAACAACGACCUCGCCUUCAACUCUUCGUUCACAAGCAAGCUACGGAGCUGCACGCAGCUUCAGCGAUCCGUUAAUGGCGCGUUUGCUUACGUCAGCUGCCCAGGAACACCUCAGCCGCCACCGACAGUAAAAGACGCUCAGGUUGGUGAAGCCGCCGAGUUACCAAGAUACGAGGCUGGCACUGGUCUGCUGGAUGAGCUCCGAAAGAAGACUCUCGGGAACAUCGGCUGCGACAAGGAAACACAGUACGAGCAAGUGCCGGCUGUCCGCCUUCCAUCUGAAACGAGAAACCCUGCAGCUGCUGCACAGGUCUCCUCUGAGAGUGGCGCGGGAGGGACCAACCAGAGCCUUCUCGUUAAAGAAGAAUGCCCACAUUGUGCCGCCCAGGCGGAACCACAGCAGCGGGCCGUCACUGUCCAACCUGAGCAGAGAGAUACCAACGCUUGUCCAGCGUACCAGUUCGUGCCAAAGCAGGCGCAAACCUCUUUCAGGCCGCUCCCCGUCAUGUGCAGGCCUGGGUUUGGAUAUAAAGCCGCCGAGGCUGCUCUUCGGUCUCAGCAGCAGCAGUGUUACUUAGCCGCAUUCCAGAGAGACAUCCAGGCAAGUGCUCAUCUCGAGAGAUGUAACGAGCACCUCAUCAGGCUGCAAAGAGCUCGUCGAGCCUUCAUUGCUGGACUCCACCGCCUUACUCAAACCUCCGGGACGGCUCGCCUCUACGAGCAGACAGCGACAGCUCUUGCACAGCUGGAAAGUAUCCGGCACAGCCUACCGGCAGUUAACAUUCCCGGGGCGACCGGACUCACAAUCCGUAUUUUGCAGGCGGCUCAAGAUUAUUCACCAGGUGGUCUGGCUGCCAGAGCAGGCUCGGUUUCCUCAGAUCUGAGAAGACAAGUCAUAACCUUGGAAAAGGAGGUCCAGGGAUUGCUCUUGCUCUUCGAGGACGACGUGCUGAAGAGUGGAAAACUAGCGAUGCUCUGCCGCAGCCCGGCUGCUUCAACAGUGGAGUGCAUACCUCUGCAAAGCGAGAUUUCGCGUGAUGUGCUCGAUACGAAACUGGUAACUAGGAAAGAAAGCACCUGA